CGGUGGUCGUGCAGGCGUACAACAGCAGGGGCGCGGGGCCAGCCUCGCCACCCACUACCGCCACUACUAUGGAAGAUGUGCCGAGUCUACCGCCAGGAGCACUUCAAUGCACAGCACUUAGUUCUCAGUCUGUGCGUGUCUCGUGGGAGCCGCCGCCGAUGCGCGGGCGCAAUGGCGUGUUACAAGGAUAUAGAGUCACAUACGCACCCGUCACGGAUUGGUAUGGCAACGAAGAAGCGGUAACAAAACAAAUAUCUGGUCUGCACACGACGUUGUCUGGACUGCGGCGGUACACCAACUACUCGGUGACGGUGUGCGCCUUCACCGCGGCGGGGGACGGCGUCCGCGCCGCGCCCGUCUACUGCCAUACUGAGGAGGACGUGCCGUCAGCUCCAGCCGAUAUAAAGGCAGUAGUGUCGCUACGCAACAAGAUCCUGGUGUCGUGGUUACCGCCUGCAGCUCCAAACGGAGUCCUAGUUGGAUACACGCUCUACAUGAGCGUCAUCGAAGAUGGUCGAGAG